AUGGCGACUGCGCCGCCCCCGUCGGCUGCUCCCAAGAGGUUGUCUUUUGCAAAGGUUGUUGCGUCCCAUCCUAGAGAUAGUGUUAAUCCCAUACCUGUACCCCGAGUCGCUGUACCAACUAUGGAUCGUCGUGCGCAACCCGCGAUUCCGGUAGCUACAAACUCUGUCGCAAACACGCAGUCUGUUGCUACGACUGUGUCUACAAGCGUGGGAAAUGCCACGCAGACUCCGUCAGUGUCUAUUGAGGGGAGCUCGAAAAAUACUAUACGUGGGGCUCAGGCCCCUACCAACCGAGAGGUCAAGAAUUCAAACGGCCCACCCGUUAACACCCGUGCGAUAUCUACACCGAGCUUAGUCGUGAAUGGUUCAUCAUCCUUGGUAGUAGAGCCGCAAGUAAAACCCGAGAAUGGAGCCUCUACAUCGGAUGAUGUGUCACAGCGAGCGGAUUCUAAUUCAGAGAUGGGUACUAAGGCCCCCAGCCUCGACGGGAAAAGUAUCACCUCUGGCACCACUUUUGCUCUAGAUGAAAAAGAAUCUCUCCGUCCUGAUGAUAGCGCAAGUGUCAAAGCCGCCGCUGAGGACGACGAAGCCUUCUCAGUUCGGAGUUCCUUACUUGCGACAUCAAGGAUGGGUUCUGAGAAUGCACGCAUGCAUCGCCUCAGAAUUGGUGAUAUGCCAGAGAAACGACCUAUUCCGACGCUUUCUGAAAGCCAGGACCCGGGGCUGGCAACUCCGCAAAGUGGAGCAUCCAGCCAACAACCACCUCCCGAGCAACCGCAAACUUUAGGUGCGGUCACUGGAUCUAGUGACGCUUUCAACUCCAUCUAUGGAAAAAACCCAGACGAAAAGCUCCUGGAGGCUAUGAAGUCCCCAAAGGAUCGACUUUUCUUGUUGAGGCUAGAACAAGACGUUAUCAACUUCGUAUUAUCGUCAAAAGAACCUUACAUGGAUCUUCCGCCAAAUAAUUCGUUUUGCCGAAUGUUGACCCAUAAGCUGGCUGACUAUUAUCAUAUGACACAUUCUUUUGAAGCAGUUCAAGGCUCUGUUCGCAUCUUUAGAACCCCAUUUUGUCGGGUACCUGCGUCAUUGGCAAGUAUCAUAGAGUUGAAUGCAGAUGACAAACCGAAGACACCGCCUCCAGUGGUUUUGCCGAAGAAGAUCAUGCGACGUGGUGAGGAUGGUGGAUCUGGUCAGGUUAGUACCAGUGCCUCGAAGGCUACAUCAGAAGUAGGAAGCGAUGGCAAAGACAAAACAGCACUUGCCAAGGAAAAAAUGACGCGAGAAGAACGCGAAGAGGCGUACAAGAUAGCCAGAGAGAGAAUCUUUGGGAACAGUUCGGACAAACCAACAGAAUCAGGAGCAGACAAUGACGAGGCAAACGGAGUUUCUCGGGCUAGUUCUGUGUCCGCCAAGGAUAGAUCCAACCUUGGAAAGAGAGGAAAGACCGGCAAGCAGCGUCGGGAUGACUCUGAAAGCUUUGAUUCGCGCUCACAAUAUAUCAAAUAUUUCGCUCCUCCUCAACCCCAGAUGGACUGGUCUACUCAGCCACCUCAGUUCAUCCCUACAAAUAUGCCAUACAAUGGUCAGGCGUCUCAGCCCUACCACUACCAAAUUCCUCAGCCCUAUCAGACUCCUCCACAAGGAUAUCCUGCCAUGAUGCCAAAUAACGGGUAUCCGCAGUAUGGCAAUAUAUCAACAUACCCACCUCAACCCCAGCCGCUGCCAUCCCGAUACCCUUCGUCUAACGGGUCAAUCGGAAGCAACUUUGGCCCCCCUGCUCAGCCUGCACCUCAGCAGUCCUGGCAGCCUGGCUAUAACCCAAAUUCUCCAUCACUCUCAUAUCAGAACCGCGGACCUCCAGCCCAAUCUCAGGGCACUGCUGGGCCCGUGGGCAUUCCUUAUGCAUUUGGGCAACUUCCAGCCCAUGCAAACCCACAUGAUCCUAAAAGUCAGCACCCUAUCCCUGGGAGUUACAAUCGCCAUGCCUUCAAUCCAAAAACUCAAUCUUUCGUGCCCGGCAAUGGAAUGAGCCCUGUUCAGCCUCCAAUGGCUCCUUACAACAUGCCAGUUCCGCCUCAUGGCAGUCCUCAGAUUGGCUCGCCACACUUGAGCUAUGUCGGAUAUAAUUCUCCUGCUCCGGCCCAGCCUUACACGAUGGGCGGCCCUGGGUAUGGCAUGAGCCGCCAGAGCUCAAACAACUCCCUUCCAGCGUAUCAUGCGCCACAGCAUAUGUCACAACAUCCAUCAGCACAUCUUCCACAGAUGCCGAAUAAACCAGGAGUUCCACCCCAGGGACCGUCAGCUGGACUAGGUCAAACAUUUAGCCAUCUCCCUAAUUAUGGUAAUCCUGCCACACUACCACAGAAACCGCCGACCAGCAUCUAG